GCCAGUAAACCGGGGAAGGAAUGAAAGCGUCGUUUCAGUUACGUCACUUAUUCUGCGACAGAACACUAAGUACACUGCAUGUUGCAAAAAUAGAGUAGCUUUUUUAAAACGUAAUUUGAUUGUUCUACUGAAGGCGAGUUACCAAUGAGGAGAAUGUGACUCAAUGUCAGUUUUGCUGUGGAACGACGAGGAGAAGAUGGUCUGAGAUUUGUGGCGGAAUGGAGACGUGGACUCCUAACCCCCGAGCGAAACCAUUCAUACCCCGCCAGCAAAGAAGCUUGUACCUCACUUAUAAAUACAAACUGUGCAAUAAGAGGGCUAUUCGUCGGCUCUGUCAGGCUGGUGCUGUACUGUUUCUAGUGAUAACUGUCAUAGUCAAUAUCAAACUCAUCUUGGACACGAGAAGAGUUGCUAAUGAAGAAGCAGCAGCCCAAGAAUAUGAGGAUGUGAUGCCCAACAUGGAGACACCUCGCAGACCGCCAAAUGGGCGCAAGGUUCUUGACAUUGAGGUCUACUCUAGCCGGUCCAAAGUCUAUGUUGCAGUGGAUGGCACGACUGUAUUGGAGGAUGAUAUGCGGGAUCAAGGAAGAGGCAUCCAUGUGAUUGUUCUCAACCAGGCAACUGGUCAUGUGAUGGCCAAAAGAAUUUUUGACACCUACUCACCCCAUGAGGAUGAAGCCAUGAUCCUCUUCCUCAACAUGGUGACCCGAGGUCGAGUUCUUAUCUUUACCAUAAAGGACGAGGGAUCGUUCCAUCUCAAAGAUGCUGCCAAAAACCUGCUCAAAAGUCUGGGUAGCCAGGUAUCUCUCAUUCUGAGCUGGAGAGACAUGUGGACUCUUGUGGUGAAGAAAGGAGGACAAGCAUAUGGUGAAAAACAUUCAAAAUCUCCUGCUCUUUCCACCUGGGGUGAUCCGGUUCUUCUUAAAACAGAAGUGCAACUCACUGCCUCUGAAGAGGCAGAGUGCCACUGGGCAGACACAGAGUGGAACAGGCGCAGGAAAGUCUUCUGCAGCAAAGUGGAAGGAUAUGGGAGCAUCUGCAGCUGCAAAGAUCCAGCACCCAUUGAAUUCAACGCAGAACCUCUGCCGUAUAAUAGUGUCUUCAAUGUGCCGGUAGCUGUCAUUGCAGGAAACAGACCUAACUAUCUCUAUCGGAUGCUCAGGUCGCUUCUUUCAGCUCAUGGUGUUAACCCACAGAUGGUCACAGUGUUCAUUGAUGGAUAUUAUGAGGAGCCGAUGGAUGUGGUGGCGCUGUUUGGACUGAAGGGAGUUCAGCAUACACCAAUCAGCAUCAAGAAUGCUAGAGUGUCACAGCACUACAAGGCCAGUCUGACAGCAACUUUUAACUUACACCCAGAGGCGAAAAAUGCUAUUGUGUUAGAGGAAGAUUUGGACAUCUCCAUUGACUUUUUCAGCUUCCUGAGUCAGACCAUCCAUCUGUUGGAUGAAGAUGACAGCCUGUAUUGCAUCUCAGCCUGGAAUGAUCAGGGCUAUGAACACACAGCAGAAGAUCCCGCUUUGCUCUACAGAGUGGAGAGUAUGCCUGGCCUGGGGUGGGUCCUGAAAAAGAGCCUCUAUAAGGAUGAACUGGAGCCAAAAUGGCCAACACCUGAGAAGUUGUGGGAUUGGGACAUGUGGAUGCGAAUGCCAGAGCAGAGGAAGGGCAGAGAGUGUAUCAUACCUGAUGUUUCCCGCUCUUACCACUUUGGCAUCAUCGGCCUCAACAUGAAUGGAUAUUUUCAUGAGGUAUAUUUCAAGAAACACAAGUUCAACACAGUGCCUCACGUGCAGUUGAAGAAUGUGGACAGCUUAAAGAAGGAUGCUUAUGAAGUGGAAAUCCAAAACCUACUUCGGGAGGCAGAAGUGCUGGACCACACCAAGAACCCGUGUGAGGACACGAUGCUGCCAGACUCUGAGGGGAAAGUCUAUGUCAUGUUCAUUAAGAUGGAGUCAGAGACAGACACCUCGACCUGGACUGAGCUUGCUAAGUGCCUCCAUGUUUGGGACCUGGAUGUUCGUGGAAAUCACAGAGGCCUGUGGAGACUCUUUAGAAAGAGGAAUCAUAUCCUAGUGGUGGCUGUGCCAAUCUCCCCAUACUCUGUGAAGAAACCUGCCAAUAUCAAACCCAUCCACUUAGAGCCUCCCACCAAAGAAGAGGGCGCACCAGCAGAGCAGCUAUAAACCUCUCUCUCUCUCUCUCGCACACAAAUACAGACUUAUACUCAUUGAUACAACUACACACAACCAUACAACACUUUUUAACUAGCCCAGGCCAUAACAAAUUUGCCAGCGGUUAAAAAUACAACAUGAGACCCACAACCUUAACAUUAUUUUAUGAUUAAUUAAAAAAAACCAACACUGCUAAAUCUGACCCAAUUAAUCUAUUUCCCUUAAAAUGGUGGGAUCCGAUUUGAUAAACCAUAUUCCCCACUAUAUUGCAGAAUUUUUGUGUUUGUGGGGUGUGUGUCUUUGUGGGCGGGGGAGGGGUGGAUCCACAUGUUUAGCGAUCAUUGUUUUUAUGCCUUUUCGCUCCUUUUUAUUUUAAAAAAUACUGUACAGUAUUGAGAAAAUAUAAAUAUUCAUAAAUGUAGUGUGAUGUCUAGAUUUCAAAUAAGACGCAUUUGAGCAGCUAAUCAACCUGAUUGGAUGCCAGUAACUUCACGUAUUCUUGGCUAGAACUUCAAAAAUCGGUUACUCCCAAAGCAGAACUGCACUGCAAAUCUACUGGUGUUAGUUCAACACCUAUACCGUAUUAUUCGUUUUAACACCGGCAACAUGUCUUUAUGCACCCACUCUGCCCGAUGUUCAAGUAACAUUUACUUGAGUGAUUGUUAUUGCCUGUGUUUGUCACAUGAGCACUUGUUCACAGUUGUACAGCGUCAGCAGUUGUACAGUGAGCGUGUUGUUUUUGCGUGUCGGCAUCCAGCAAAUUACAUCCACGUAUUAUUGACAACAUUCAUUCUAUGGGCAGUCUGACAGACGGACAGCUUUCGCUGUAUAUACAGGUAGGAGCAUUCAAACAUGCGCUGUGCGACCCGAGAACAUUUUUUCCAGCACACAUUGAAAAAUUGGGAGCGUUUGCAAGUACAAUGGUCACAGUGCGUCCCCAUUUUAACAACGUAUCAAUGUUAAUCCUUGAUUCAUCGGCUGUUAUAUUACUGAGUAGUGUUAAUGCAACACCAACAUUCCCUUUUUAACACCGUCCUCAAACUUUUAUACUGUCCGAUUUGCAGUGAAGAUACGGUUCGGGAAGGAUGGACUAUUGCGACUGUUUUUUUGUCGAUUGAACAUAAUUUCCUGCCUCCAUACCAAUCAAUACUGUAUAGUAUUUUAGAUGCUUUUUUGUGUGUGCGUGUUCAAAUUGUUUACAAUGAAUUUUAAAUGGUAACAGUGAUAAGUGUGUGUGUAUGGGGGGAGGCGUCUAUACCAUUCAUUCAUUCAUUCAUUCAUUCAUCUUCCGAACCGCUUCAUCCUCACUAGGGUCGCGGGGGGUGCUGGAGCCUAUCCCAGCUGUCUCCGGGCAGUAGGCGGGGGACACCCUGAAUCGGUCGCCAGCCAAUCAAUCACAGGGCACACAGAGACGAACAACCAUCCGUGCUCACACUCGCACCUAGGGACAAUUUAGAGUGUUCAAUCAGCCUGCCACGCAUGUUUUUGGAAUGUGGGAGGAAACCGGAGCACCCGGAGAAAACCCCUGCGUGGGAGAACAUGCAAACUCCACACAGGGAGGCCGGAGCUGGAAUCGAACCCGGUACCUCUGCACUGUGAAGCCGACGUGCUAACCACUGGAUACCGGGCCGCCGCGUCUAUACCAAUUAUUCAUAUUUUUUUUAAGGUCUCGUCUAUUGCGGGUCGGUCUUGAACAUAUCCCCACGAUAAACAGCUUUAAUAAAUUUGUUUAAGAAAGCAAAUGGUUUAUCACACUGGUCAACAGCACAUUUUAAUCAGAGAUAGCUGUAGGUUGACGCAGAUUUAAAAAAAAAAAAGACUUUCUUUCUAGCACAUCAGGUUUUACAAAUGUUUUUAUGCUUGAUGUAUAAAAGCGUUCACAAUAAAGAUGUUACAAUGCCUUGUCAUUAAUAUAAAGUGGAUGGUAUAAUUCCACCCGUUGCUGAAACCUAACCUAAUAAAUAUUACUAAAUGUAUGGCUAUAUUAAAUAUUAUAUUGUUAUAUUGUUAAGAUUAUAAGCAUUAUGAAAAUCUGAUGUCCUAGACCCACACUAAGGGAGAUUCAAAAUAGGCGGGGGGGGGGGGGGAAUCGACAAAAUGUUACUUGCAUCUCUGAUUUAAAAAAAAAAUGUGAGCAUUUGUUGUUGCGAGUUUGUUUAUUGAACAUAAAACAUAUACAGUAAUAAUUUGACAGAAAAUAAGGUAGAUAAAAAAGUAAAAAGAAAGAAAUCAGUCUUCAUUCAACAGUUAUUAUGUUCAAGGGAGUAGGAAGAAGUAAAAAACUGAUCUAGUCCUACCCCUUAUGUGUUUAUAUCUACCAAAUCAUUUUUAUAUCAAUCAGAAAAGAAAAAAGUAAGAAGAAAGAAGUCUCCAUUAAGGCUCAUACUUUACCCUUAACCGUGAUAUUUUUACAACUUUUGGUUUGUAUUGGGAUUAUAUACAGCCACACCCCCCUGGCACUCUUGUGUCAAUUUUCUCUUGUAUUCAUAAUGGAUAUUUCAAUACCUUUCUCUAUUUAUCAACUGUUGAUGAGUGUUAUCAUAUUACUGUCAUGUACAAGUCUGAAUUUUUUUUUUCACCCAAAUGAGUUCAUUUGUUAUUCUUUUAACUUCUGAGUGCUUCGGCCAGACGGCACAUAUUGUGUAUUUUAACUUAUCUCUAUUGAUUUGCUUGGAUCAAAAAAAACAUUUCUUUUUUUUGUCUUUUUCUUUUUUUUUAUCUUGCAUUAGUGCAUCUUUUUUUUUGUUGUAAGAUCCAAAAUGGGUUAUUGUACGUAGAUACCUAUACAUUUUGAAGAAAAAUAGAAAGAGUUUGCAUAUUUUUAACAAUAGAGGUUGAGUUUGAGAGUUCUUUGAGGAGCUCUGUGAGUUUUUUUUAAUAUUAACUGCUGCAUGGCCAUCUUGCCUCUGAUUGGAUUUUCUGUUUGUGCAUCAAACUGAGCAAAUAUUCACAUAUUGAGGUCUGAGUAAAUGCAUACAUAUCCGAAGAAAUUCCUUUUGUCAAAAAAUACUCUCAUUUGCACUACUCCAAAAAUUGACUGAGCUCUGUCUUUACCUUUAAGUCAACAGUUGUUGAAUGGUUGAUUUCAUCUGCCUGUUCCCACCCACCGGGAGGCUCAUACCAGGAUGUACUGAGUUGCCGACCUUAUAAUAUCAAAUUAUAUUCUCUGAAAAUGACAAAGAUGAGAUUCUGUUAUAUUUAAAAUCUGAAUUGUGGCUAAUCGUCUUCGUGAUGGUCAAUGAUGGAAUAUCCUCAUCGGUCAACAUGUCUUCAACAGUCACGGUAACUGAAAAUUUGGGAGUAAUUAAAACUGAAGGAUGUCUUAACUUGAUUUAAUUCACUUUGCAGUUGCUUAAAAAUGAUACAUACAGUAGUUCCUAGAGUCCAUAGGUGGGGGAGGAAACAGGUGCCUUGAAAGGCUACAUACAAAUGACAGAUUUAGUGAGUUCUUAUAAAUGACUUGAUGCAGACCUGCCAAAAGAGGCACCUUUGAAACAGAAGAACAAUUGUGAUCAUGAAACAAGCUACUUCAUAAAAACAUUAAUUAGUAAAAUAAGAUAAUACAUUUUCCACAAAAAAAAUCUGAGACUCGAGGCAUACUAAAUUAAUUACAAAGUAGAGUCAAGUAGCUGCUACUUGUAACACUGAAGCAAACAAACAUGUCAUCCAUUAUGCCUGGUAAACAUUUUAUUUCAUUAUAUUGGUAACUUGCACAAUAUUUGAACAAAGUUAUUCUUGACUACUUAUCAAUUUGUUGUGUACUGUAACUUGAUAUCUACUAAUAUAAGGAGGCCAUUUAUAUAGUUUGACCGUCAUAACGGCCCUCCGAGGGGAAUAGUAACAACAAUGUGCCCCAUGACAAAAGUUUGACACUGCUGUUAUGGUGUGGCUUGAAAAUGGGUGAAGCUAUAUUAGGGAAUUUUGCGGCUGCCAACUCGGUGUAAAAUGACCUUUUGUUCAGCUGUUCUGUUUUUCUCGCAACUACAUUAUAUGGUUGCAUUAUGUGGUUCAUAUGAAUGCGUAAGGGGAUGGUUAAAAAAAUGCUGUUGUGUGUAAUAUUGUUCCUCAUUUGCUCAAUUUCACUACAAAACAGCUUUCCAAUUACAUUCCAGAAAAUGUGAUUGUACAGAGCCAGAGUAUCCCAUUUUCAAUUACGGUUGGACUAUUUGAAAUAGAACCACAUGAGUUACCAAUUUAUUUUAAUUGAUGGCUCAUACUGAAUACUUUUGUGACUUGUAAAAAGGCCUAAGUGUGGAUUCUAAGCAUGAGAGUGACAAUGAUUUGUGGAAGUGACUUGACAGUUAGUUUGUUUUACGAUGCAAAUAAAGAUAUUUUUCAGACCA